CCAGGAAGACAACUGUCAAAAAGAGAUUUAACUUCCCUCAUUCAGAAUAAUGGAAGGUGACUGCGAAGUAUCCAUUUUCAGUGCUGGCGACGCAGAAGCUAAGAGCCCCGCAAGGUCCAACGUUAAACCCGGCUCAAAGCUCACCGUGGCCCUUGUGGGUUUCACGCUCAUCCUCGCUUUUGCUGCUGUUGCUGGGCUGAUCUUCAACCGACACACCAAGGAACCUGGACGGGAGGAGGACCAUUUUGAUCUUCAUCAUACCUUGCGCCAAAUCUCCAACAUAAGAGCUGCCAUUCACUUAGCAGGGCAGUACAACCCUGACAUGGAGACCUCAGUGGAGUGGAUGAACAACGUGGACCCGACCCACUCUCAAGGUGGACUGGAACUGAAGAACAACGAGAUCGUGAUCCCUCAAAAGGGCCUCUACUUUGUUUACAGUCAAGUGUCUUUCCGGGUCAGUUGUAACAACGGCGUGAAGGAGGAUACCUCCGCCACGCCAAUGGUCCACCUGACCCACAGAGUGAGGCGCUGGUCCAGCUCGUCCGGGAGCGACCAAUACAAGACCAUCCUUCACUCCGUCCGCACAGCCUGCCCCAAAACAGCGAGCGGCGAUGCCGACGAAGACGGCCACUGGUACUCUGCUGUGUACAUGGGAGCCGUGUUUCAAUUAGAUAAAGGAGACAGGCUGAAGACCGUGACAGAGAAGAUGUUGCCCAACCUCGAGGAAGAGCCCGCAAAGACAUUCUUUGGUGUGUUUGCCUUGUGACGACAUGAAGACGAGCGGAGCCAAAUGUGAAAUAAUAUGGAGAAGGCCAUCGAGUUUGACAGGGAUGGAUUUAACAAGGCAGCGAGUGUGGAAUAGCAAGAUAUUCUCUGCAAGGUGAUUUAUUAUUGUACUGUAAUGUUCCUCCUCUGAUAUCUGCGGUGUUUAAAACUCCGCUUGUGUAAUGAUUUAUUUAUUUAUUUAUUUAUU